AGAAGAUCAUUAUUCCGAUUCUUCUAGAAAGGUUGUCUCUCUCUCUCUUGUGAUUUUUUCUUACAUAACAAAGAUAGAGAGAGAGAAAGCCUUGGUGGGUUCAAUAGAUUCUUUCUCUUGUCUUGUCUCUUCAAAGCCACGCCCCGUUGGUAAAGAUGGAGGAACAGUUCAUACUUAGGGUUCCACAGUCUGUUUCAGAGCGAAUCGAUCGCCUUUUGAGCGACGAGGCUUCUUCUACUUCCGACGAGAUCCCUUUAGAUUUGUGCUUUUCAGAGGAUGGGAGAAGCGGGACGUUUGUAAUUGGAAACGAAGAGUUCCCGGCUUCUCUGCUGGACCUUCCUGCUGUUGUUGAGUCUUUUAAAACUUAUGAUGACUCUGCACUUGUCAAAACUGCUGACAUUGGCCAGAUGAUCAUGGUUAGGGAGCAGGGUGAUCCUGCGCCUAAUACAGUUGAGUACAGACAUGGUCUAACUCCUCCUAUGAAGGAUGCUCGUAAGAGAAGAUUUCGUCGAGAGCCUGAUCUUAAUCCGGAGCUUGUACAGCGCGUUGAGAGGGACUUGCUGAACAUCUUGAGUGGUAGAACUGUCGAAAACGGAAAUGAGCAGCAAGAGGAGACAGUUGCGGAGGUGAAUACAAAUAAGAAAGUCUCUUCUACUUCUUCACCUGCUGCUACACCUGUUGAAAAGCCGGAAGAAGCUCCUGAGGCAGGGACUAAUAAUAACAAUCAUAAUACUCCAGCAGAAGUUGAGCAGGAGAGAAGUGAAUCAGAAGAUUCUGAUGAUUCUAUGUGAAAGGUUGGUUAUGAAUGUAUCACGUUUGAAGAAACGAAUGCAGCUAUGUUUACCACUUUUAUCAUUUAUUGGUUCGUGGUCAGGAAGAGAAGAGCGUUACGAUCUGGUAAUUAAUAACUUUUAUUAGUCCAA